CUUGACGCUUAUUCAUGGGUUACCUUGGUUAUAUUCCUGUUAUCAAUUGUACCAGUCAUUCGACCUUUCAAAAUCCCAUUCUUUCGUCAGACUCAUAUUCGUCUCAAUCUCGCCACUUCUCCUCCUCUUGGGGUGCUUAUCUUACUCAUCAUCAGAGCCAUUCCCAUUACGACUGUUAGAGAUGGGUGUAUUGGUUCAAUGGGAAUUCAGCCUUAUGCGAUCCUUAUCUUAUUCUAUUCUCUUGCAUAUAUUUGCAUUUCUCUCGAUUUAACAGGUUUAUUUCAGUACCUUGCCUUUUGGGUGUCUCGGAAGGCUGGAAAUCGAGGAAUAUUGGCAUUCACACUCUUUUUUUGCCUCACCAGCCUAAUGAGUGGUCUGACAAGUAAUGAUGUGGUGAUCUUGACUGGAACAGUAUUCUUAUCGUAUUUUACCCGAGUGUCUGGUAUCAAUCCCACAGCAUUUCUAGUGAGUGAAUUCACAACAGCGAAUAUUGCAUCCAUGGCGUUGUACAUUGGCAAUCCCACAAAUGUGAUUGUGUCGGAAGCCUACGAUAUAAGCUUUAUUGAAUACUCAGCCUGGAUGUUACUUCCGACAGUAGUGACACUUUUGCUGGCAUAUUGUGUCUUGCGCGUGAUGUUUAACAAUCCAGUCUAUCUUCCACGCCAGAUCGUUGCACCUGAUGCGAGCCCAAACAGCGUUCUGUUGGAUCCAAAGGGGGCUGUGUUUGGCACGGUUCUGCUGGCCUGCUGUCUUGCUACACUGGUCGGCACUUCCUUUGCUGGAGUUUCGGUGUGGAUGGUGACACUUCCUUUUGCUGUGGUAACAUUAGUGAGAGAUUUCUUGUAUGACCUUGGAAGCAUCAAGUGGAUGCACAGUAAUAAUGGGCUUUCGACGGUGACCGGUAGUAUCGACAUCGACAUCGACAUCAGCACCAGUAGUACAGUUAAUAACGGCACGAUUGACAGCAUCGACAGGACACGUAGAAGCAGCCGGGGUAGCCUAAGCAACCGAAGUAUCGGUCUUCAGUCACUGCCUGCUACAAGGGCCGAGACAGCUCCUCGAGAGACAGUUGGUUUGCAUCGGUCGUUCCAGCGCAGACUUGGACAACGGAUCAAGAGACUUGGGUACCGCUGGCCGACUGUAUUUGCGGUUAUACAAAGAAUGCCCUGGGCAAUCUUGCCAUUUAGUCUGGGGAUGUUUGUGCUUGUCGAGGGACUGUCUUUGGUUGGAUGGGUGGGGGUUCUGGCCAAAGGGUUGGUGGUGUUUACUUUAAACUAUGUGACGGCAGUCUAUGGAGUGACAUUUGUGUCGAUUGUAGCUUGUCAGCUGCUGAACAACCUACCCAUGACCAUCUUGUUAACAAGAAUAAUCCAGCAUCCAAAUUUCAGUUCCAGAGUCACAUCCCCAGUUAUUAUGCAAGGUGUUCUGUUGGGACUUAUUGUAGGAAGCAACCUGGGUGCAUGUCUGACGCUUGUAGGAAGUCUUGCUGGUAUUAUGUUUGAUCACAUCUUGAAGAGCAAGAAUAUCCAUGUACUUGGCUACCGUAAUUUCCUUGGUUGGAAUUUGAUUUUAUUACCUGUUCUUGCCUUG